AUGUAAUAGAUGGCGCAUGCGCAGUUUGCAGCGCACAGCCAUUGACGAGAAAAAGAAAAGGUGAUGUUUCUGCUCUGAAGCGCGUUAUAUGCGAUUAUUUUAAUAGUGCUCGCGAAGAGAGGGAUCAAAACACUGGACUGAGAAAAUCUCCUUGACUGUCACCUUCUGCGCUCCUCGGGAUCCGACCGAGCUCCACACAUUCUUCAUCACCAGCACUGUCUGUUUACAUCCGGACGUCUUUGAUAUAUAUAUAUUUAAAAAAAAAGUUGUCUGGAUAGUGAAGUUGAUAUCAUGCUGGGCGAUGCUUUUGGACAUCGUGUUGAAUCCAGCGUGGAAAAUAAAACAGUGAAGAUAAGCAGAUCCAAGCAAGCGAUCUUGAAGAAGAGAGGACGAAACGUUCACAAUACACCCAACAAAGCAUCAGGCAACAUCAACAAGAGCAGCUUUAAACCUCCUUUAACCACCAAUGAAGAGCUCAAACCAGCUCAGUCUAAACCAGCCACGAAUAAACAGCUGAAGUUAAAAACUGAAAGUGUUGAACGAGGAAUCCAGCCCAGCAGACCAUCUGUCCACAACUCGAGCCGUCUUGAGAAAACCACUGACAACCUGAACAAACGGAGACAGUGGAGCAAGCAAAGAAACUCAUCCGACGACUCUCAGCUUCCCAAAAGACAGGAGACCCCCACACACAUGGGGAAGAGCACUGCUGAGGGCCUCAGGAGGGUGAGCGUGUGCCCUCCUGAGCUCUCAUCGGAGGCAGAAAAGACGUACGCAGGAGCAAAGUUCAGCGAGCCGCCCUCGCCCAGCGUCCUCCCCAAACCGCCCAGCCAUUGGGUGGGAGAAGGUGCUCUUCAGCAUACAGCCGUACAGAUGUCUGUGCACCUCAAAACCCUGCUGAAGGUCCAAGCAGAACCCUGAGCUCAUAUUGGGACACUUCAGAAAAUAAUACAGACUGGUAACAUCCCCUUCGAGAGCUAUUGAACUUUGCAGUUGUUUAUGAAAGCUAAUGUGAGUUAAAGGGAUAGUUCAGGCCAAAAUGAAAUUAUUUACUAGGGCUGGGAAAAUAAAUCAAUGCAUCGUGAAUCGUAAUUCGGCAUAGAUUCUGAAAUUUUCUGAAUGCAUCGCAAUUCUAUUUGAGUUGAUUCUGAACUUAGUUUUGAACAGCAGAUGGUGCUGCAUGCUUUAGAAACAGCCGUUCUCUGCUUGUUUCCAAAUCACACACAUGAACCAUCAUGAGCAUUUGAGUGUGCAGAUUAAAACUAGAUUAUAGG